CUUGCCUCGGCGACACUUAUCAUGACUACCCUCGCAAAGUCUAUACCCAGGACAGUCAAGGAGAUCCGUUUGCAUCUUUGUCAGACUUCUCCAGCUUCGCAGGGCGUUCGGCAAUUCAUUCUCUCCUCCUACUCCGGCAUCAAAGCGUCCAAUCCCGAUCUCAAAUUCCUUAUACGAGAAGCGGCCGGUGUGGAACCAAAGGCGUUUGUUCGAUGGGAACGCGGGGUUGAGAGCUCAACAGGUCUGUCAGGGUUGAACGAGAAGGAUGUUGCUAGCGCAUUAAAUCAGCUCGUGAAUCAACAAACCGUCGGCAAGGCAUGAUCAUGCAUCCAUUGUCAUAUCAUCUCACCCAAUCUCUUCUCAAAACCCGUGACCCCAUACUCAGUCGACCCUUGAUGGCCUCUGGUCAUUCGAAUCCAGACUUCAACAGUCUAUCACAUGACGUGUCCACAAUCGUAUGUACUCGUAAUCUUGUCAUCCCUGAAAGCAGUACAGCUGGUCUCCUUACGACAAGAUUGACCCCUUGACAACCUCAGAAACUCCUUGACGACACUGUCCGGCCGUGCGUCGGGUCCUCUUGCUUCGCCUAGAAACGCAACGAUCAUCACUAGAACCAAUUGGAAACCUCGACGACGAGCACUCAAACCACCUUGAAUGGAAACAGAGGCAUAUCGCCCUCGGUCGCUGAGGCCAAGACCCUGACAACCUCCUCUAGUCAUAUGGAGCACUGGAGUCACUAAGACAAGUUUUACCAUUCUUCUCUUCAUCUUCCUCAUCUCUAACAUUACGAU